CUGCUUCGGAAGCUGGAAAUCCAGAAAGAGGAAGAUCUACAAUCUGUGUGUGAGGUGGCUGCCCACGUGUUCAGUGAUGGAGUAACGAACUGGGGUCGAGUGGUGACGCUCAUCUCGUUUGGUGCCUUUGUUGCGAAACACCUGAAAAGCAUAAACCAGGAGAAGUGCAUUGGCUCACUGGCAGGGAUCAUCACGGAUGCACUCGUCUCAUCUAAGCGCGAGUGGCUGAUAAGCCAGGGAGGCUGGGAGGGCUUUGUCGACUUCUUUCGAGUUGAGGACCUAGAAGGCAGCAUCAGAAACGUACUGAUGGCGUUUGCAGGUGUGGCUGGACUGGGGGCGAGCUUGGCCUACAUGAUCCGGUGAGCCAGGGUAUGCUGCGGAUGGACAAAACUCUGGGUGGACCAGCUCUGUUCGGGGCUGGCAAGCUGAUCGCUUCCUUCUGUGAGUACUUACGAAGCUGGACUUGAGUGACCCGAGGAGAAUAUCUAGGCAUCCCCUGAGCAAUC